CAGUGUGAACAAACUCAUCAAGAUCACCAUUAACAGGUUUUCAUCGUCCGAUCCAUCAAGAGCAAAGACUUCAUUCCUUCCUUACAAGAUGGUUCUGCUAGACAAGAUUUGGGAUGAUGUUGUGGCUGGCCCUCAACCCGACAGUGGCCUUGACAAGCUCAGAAAACUCGCCACCAGCAUCAAAACUGAUGAUGGAGAAAGUAGCAAGUUUCAGAGGAACUUGUCGAUGCCCACGACACCGACAACCCCUCUGACUCCGACGACUCCAACGACACCUGGAUCGGCGCGUAAAGCUGACAACGUUUGGAGGAGCGUCUUCCAUCCUGGGAGUAACUCUGCCACUAAGACCAUUGGUGCUCAAAUGUUUGACAAACCACUCCCCAACUCUCCCACUGUCUAUGAUUGGCUCUACAGCGGGGACACCAGGAGCAGGCACCGCUGAGGUGUGUAGGAAGCGCGUGGGUUGCAUGUAAAUAUUGUCGUUUUCUGUUAAGCACGUGCCACGUAUGCAUCUACUACUACCACUAUGUGUCAGGAAUUAAUUGGUCUGUUGCUGACUCAAGUAUUCUACCGUGUAGUGUUUGGUUUCUACGAGCAAGUUAAUGUAAAAUGCUAAAUAAUUAGUAUGCUCUGUUUGUUUGUUCUUUUAAGUUUUGUAAGCCUGAUUUACCUUGAACUUUGGCAUUUGGUUAAUCUUUUCCCCCCUCUAUCUUAUGUGAUCAUUAUUAAGAUAAAUAAAAUUAUGUUCAGCCUUUUUAUUUUCU